AUGGCGGCCGAUGAGGAAUUGAAAGUGGAUCGACCGAACGAGCAGUCAACUCCAGAAUCGGGCGAAAGCACAACAACCAUCGAUGCCGAACCGACGAACCAGAUAGAAGCGGCCGGGGAAGAUGUGGUAAAGGGGGAUAAGGGAAUUCGGAAGCACUUGAUUGCCUUGAGCAUCGUGCUAUGCCAGCUUGUUGUGGCUCUUCCUUUCGGCUCUGGCCUUUUGGUCGCCUUUACGGUUCCAGCGGAGUUGGGGGCCGACCCUAAUCUGGGAAUCUGGAUUGCUGCAGCGUACCCGUUAACUCAGGCGACUUUUGUUCUCAUGGGUGGGCGGGUUGGCGCCGUACACGGACACAAAAAGAUUCUAGUCAUUGGCAGCAUCAUUUAUAUCCUCUUCAACCUGAUAUGUGGGUUCAUGCGGACGGUCGAGACCAUCAUCGUGAUGCGGGCUCUUAGCGGCGUGGGAGCUGGCAUAAUCGUCCCGAACGCCAUUGCCCUGCUCACCACAUCGUUUCCUCCCGGCAUGGGUCGCUUAAUAUGGGUUGGAUUGUUUGGAGCCAUGGCCCCUGUUGGCGCUGGCGGAGGAUCCGUGUUUCCUGGCUUCUUUGGCCAACUGCUACCUUGGUGGUGGCUCUUCUUCUUCUUUGCCAUUGCCGGAGCCGUGAUUUUCGGAGCCGCUGCCAUUAUUGUACCGGCCGAAGAGGUUACAAUGGAUCCGAACGGCAAGGUCGAUUAUCUAGGAUCUUACUUGGGUGUCGGCGGCCUGAUUUUGUUCAACUAUUCAUGGACCGAGGCCGCCAUCAAAGGCUGGAGUGUCAGCUAUGUCUACGUUCUCCUCAUCCUUUCCGUGCUACACAUAGCCCUCUUCUUAAUAUGGGAGGCCAAGUUUGCAAAGGAACCAAUCCUACCUUUUACGGUUUGGUCGGCGCCAUCUUUCAAGCCAAUGCUGCUGUCGGCCUUCUUCACCUUUAUGAGCACGGGUAUUCUCCUAUACUACAUCACGCGAUGGCACAUUGAGAUUCGCCAUUUCUCCAACUUCCUCAACGCUGCUGGAUUUGUGACGUUCACCGUCAUAGCAACGAUAGCAUGCGGCGCGAGUGCGUUUAGCAUACGAUAUCUGCCUGCGCAAUUUGUCAUGGCGAUUGGGACGGUCGCGGCUCUUGUUGCGGGUAUACUGCUGGCAACGAUGCCAGCACAUCAGACUUACUGGCCGCAGGAAUUCCCAGCAUUAUUUAUCUUGGGAUUUAGCCCGGAUUUCAUCUUUACUGCUGCCCAAAUCAUCACGAGUAACAGCGUCAAACGAAGGCUCCAGGGCGUGGCGGGAUCGCUCGUUGGAACGGUCCAGCUGUACGGCUUGAGCACGGGUCUGGGAUUCGCUGGUACUAUUGAGCGGUACACGAACAAGAAUGGAGGAGACCCGAUUGGCGGCAUAAGACAUGCUUUGUGGUUUUCUGUUGCACUGGCUGGUGUAGCGAUGCUGGUUUGUGUGAUUAUUCGGAUUCCCAAGGAUGAGCGCGAGGGCUGGGACGAAGAUGAGGAGCAGCCUCAUGCAUAA